AUGACGGCCUCAACCAUCCUCCCCAGGUUCCUCCUCCCGGCCCUGAGCCCCAUGUGGCGCGCCGGGGCAGUGAGAGCGACCGGCGGCCCAGCUCCGGCGGCCUUCCGUGGCAAUGCCGUUUGGAUUGUCCGGUAUGCCUCGACCGGGGGCGCGAAGGGCCCUAUCGUCCUUGAGAAGCCCGAGAAGUUCAAUCCACCCUCACACGGCUCUCGCUUGCCCAAGAAGGGUCUCCCGAAGCAUUAUGGCGGCCAGCUGAGCUCUCAGGAGGUGCGCGCGCAGCGUGUAAAGGAGUAUCCGGGCAUGCCAGCCCCUGAGGGAACGUGGGCGCAUUGGUUUGUGAAUAAUAAGGCCAUUCACUUGUUCAUUACCAUGGGAACCCUCACAACAUUAGCCGUCACGAGCUUGUACCUCAACUUCACCCACACAUCCCCAUUCAAGCACCUGCUCCCGCCCGCCUCCGAAUUCUGGAGUCAUCCGGUCGACUUUGUCCAGACCUGGAUCAGAGUCCUCCAACUGCACGAGCGCGACCGCAAUGAGAAAGCCAUUGCCAUGCACACGCGCCACACCGACGACGUUGCCAAACGUCAAUACUACCGCAAGGAGCACGGGCUGGACAAGCAGAACCCCAUUGCCAACUUCUUGGGCAUGAAGGAGGGUGCUGACGAGCCGGCGCCUGUCGCUGACGCUCCACCUGUAUCCGGAGCUGUUGAAACGACGCCCGCGGAGGGCGAGCCGAGGAAGAAGUGGUUUGGCAUCUUCUGA